CGAUUACAAUAAUAAGUUUACCAUACAAUUUUAAUGGGUCGGUUAGACUUUAGUAAUUCCUUCGGUUAAAGCAAUGGAUGAUGAAAAAUUUUUGAUCAAAUUGAAUCAAAAAUUAAAUGAUCAAUCAAGAAAUGAUCGUUUGGAAAAUGUUUUUGAAUUGAAUAUGAAAUUAUUGAAUAAUGAACUGAAAAAUUUGAUUGAAAAUGAUUUGAAUCGUGAAAAAUUAUUAGAAUUUGUUGAUUGUAAUAAACCAUUAGAUUUUGGACAAAUAUUUGACCCGGAAGAAUUUAUUGAACAACGUUUUCAAUAUUUUGGUUCCGGAUCAUUUGGUAAUGCUAUACUUAUGUAUCGUGGACGACGGUAUACGGAAAAAAUGAUUAAAGCAAUAAAAUGUUUACCCGAAAAAUUAGCAACAAAUAUUUAUUCAUCAGCAAUGAGUUAUUCGGAUGUUUGUAAAGAAGUUGUUUGUUUAAAAAUUUUAUCACAACUUUCAUCCGGUGUUACAAUUGUUGAAAAUCAAUCAAUUAAUGAAAGUGAUCAUGAAUUUGGUGAUUCAAAUCUGUCAACACGAAGACGAUUGACUAAUGAUUCGAAUGAAUCAAGUAAUGAUUCGAAUGAAGAUGAUGAUGCUGAACCAGAACCAAUUGUCGAAUCAAGACGUCCACGUAAACGAUAUCGUUUUAAAACCGGUUGUUUUCCAAUUGUAUCCAAAAUUUAUCUUUGCCAUAAUGAAGCAAAAUCAUUAAUAAAUUUUGAAUCACUUAUACCAUCAUUGGAUGAAAGUCGUCUACCACAGAAUAAUAUUCUUGAAACAAUCAUUAUAGUUAUGGAACAUUGUGGUUUACAGUUACGUGAACUAAUGGAUCAACAAAUGAUUCAACCAUUUGCAUUGAUAUCGAUAUUCAAACAGAUUGUCAUAGGUUUGGCUAUUGCUGAAAGUAUUUAUAAUUUUGAACAUCGUGAUCUUCAUAUUGAUAAUAUUAUCUGUAAAGAAGUUGAAACACGUUGGAUAAAAUUUGUUUUCAAAUCGAAAAAAUAUAAAAUUCUUUCGUUGGGGUUUGAAGCAAAAAUUAUUGAUUUUGGUUAUUCACGUAUUAAUGAUGGUGAUAAAAUUUAUUAUAAAAAUUUGGAUGCACUUGAUUAUGAUUCAGAUAUGGAUGAUCCAUAUAAUGCAAUGGCAAAAUUAUUUAAUCGACAAAAUGGUGGUGGUGGUGGCGGUCAAUGGUCCGAUUAUUCAAAUCGUACAAAUUUUAUAUGGAUAAAAUAUUUAGUAAAAAAAUUAUUAGAAUAUAUGGAUAUCUGUUAUAAGGAUAAUCAUCGAAAAACAACAGCAACAACAACAACAACAACAAUAUCAAUAGCAACGAUACGACAAGAGUUACCGGGACCAUCAAUAACUUUUUGGUAUCGAAUAUUGGAUAGACGUUUUGGUCCGAAACAAUUACUACUGAAACCAUGGCAAAAAGUUUUAAUCGAUCAGGCUACAUUUAAUCCUUCGAUUCAUAUGAUGGCAAUUAUUAUGUUAGGAUUGAUGAGUCAAGAAUCAUUUAAAGAAAUUAAAACUAAUAUCGAAGAUAAAUAUGUUGAUAUUAUGAAAAAUAGUUAUAAAGUUUGGCCUGCUGUACAGAUGGUUAAUUUCUAUAUGAUUCCAUUGAAUUAUCGGUAA